GCCAACCUUGAGAUAAGCAAAGAACAACUGGCUGCAGAUUUAGUGUGCUUGUUAGACGAGCAUUCCAAACCAAGUUUAACUGCAGAUCUAGAAGCAGAAAUAGAGUCCUACUUCAUCGUUGGGUCAUCUCGCAUAGAUAUGAUAGCAAAAUGUAUGGACAUUGAUAACGAAAUUGGAGGAUACAACUUUGAUAUUCCUGUGCUUAAGGAUACAGCUAGAGCAGUUUCUGAAGUAAAGGAUUCGGAAAGUAUGAAAUCAAAACUAAUUUCCUUCUUAGCCAGAGAAAACAGCCGACAUUUUGAGACGCCAACAGUGGUUGCCCCGCGGCGUGAUGUCUGAGAUACUAACACUACACUACUCAGAUCUGGCUAGUGCUUCUCAUUGGUUGAAACAAAUUUCCCUCCCGGUAGGAACAAUCAGAGGCACUACCCGGAUUUGCGCUCGUUCCUCAGAAGUCAUUUCGUAGGGAAACCAGUAGUGACGUGACGAAAUGUCGGCUUUUUUUCUCAGGCUGCUUCCUUCUUCAUUUUAUCUCUCUGGAAAGACAAUGAAAUAGUUAAUAGCCCAUAUGUUCACGGCUUAAGUUCCGCUGUAGCUCAGAGAUUAGGACCCCCAAGAAUUCUAGGAAACCCCACGAAGAGCAAAAGAUUCUAAAAUAAUUGGGGAAGCCCUUUUUAGUAAGUUUCAAGACUCCAGUUCAUAGAAAAUUAAUAAUAAUUCAUUUGAUCACCUUCAGAUUUAUACCUUGACCCAGUCCCCUCCUCCGAUCCCCUCCUCGCAAUGUUGUGCCAGCAACUGCUGGUGCACCCUUUCAUGUAAAUUCUACGAAAAAAAUUCUAUUGUAGUGACCACCAACACAACACCAUCAUUGCCGCCUUGUCACGUGAUUGCGAGCCAAUUAUAAACAACAUCUUUUUUUCUUUUCUUUUCUUUGUUUUUUUUGUCAUAUCAGGUGGUUCCUUAAGCAGCAAUCUUCAGCAAACAUUCACCGAUAAUCUGCUCAGCACAUACAGACAACUGGAAACAAUGUUUAUGGAAAAGCUAUACGGGCUUUACAAAGCCCUUGGUUUCCGUACCCUCUGGGUGUUAGAUGAUGUCAUGCGUUCAUUCCGUAGGAUCGCCUCUGAAAGUGCCUAUGGCGUUGGGAGACUCAACGGAGCAGUACAAUUAACAGACGUGUUUCAAAAUAUGAAAGACAUCAAGUCAAAGGCUGUGACGUGUUUCUCGAUUAACCCGUACAGCACUGAUAUUCAGAAGUGGAGUUUCGAUAAAACCAACAACAAAGCGGUGAGCUUUAUAUUGCGCCAAUUACAUGUGCAUAUGAUCAAAUGCGCAUGA